AGGGAUUUGAAGCUGGGCCAAGCAGCGAUGGAAAUGUCCUUGUCGCGGCACGGGGGCCCAGCAAAGUAAACGCUGCGCCGCAGGGAAGGGAGCGGGACGACGACGCACCGAGCUCUGCUCCGCAGCCGGAGAGAGGGACGGCCCCAAAAAGCCAGCCGCAGCCCUGGUCGGAGGGGGCAGCAAGAGGACUGCGGGGUUCAUCCACGCUCCCACGGUCUGCAAGGGCCACGGGACAAUACCUGGGGGCCGGGAGCCAUCCCACCACCCGCUUGGGGUUCGGGACGUCGGCCUUUCGACUGGACUCCUGCGCCCAUCUGAGCCCGAUGAGGAGCCGGGGCUGCGCGUGAACCUAUGCAGACCAGGAAGAAAUACAUUUUCCUGACUUUCCUUGCCUCUUGGCUCCUGCUUUUCUUCUUUGGAGGAGACCAGCUGCGCCGUUUCGGUUUCUUUUCCGAGAGGAAAGCCGAAGCUCGGAGGAACUGGCCCCGCUGGACUGAUCGGUCCCUCCUCAAAAGCUUUGCAGACCCCGAGGAGCUCCAGAGCGAUGGGGACCCCUCGCUGCCAUCGCCCCGGGCACAGCGGGCGGCGCGGCUGAGCGUCUACAAGAACAGCAGGUGCCGGAUGGAAACCUGCUUCGACUUCUCCAGGUGCGAGAAGCGUGGCUUCAAAGUCUUCACCUACCCCCGGGAGAGGGACCAGCCCCUCUCGGAGAGUUACGGCAAAAUCCUCGCCUCCAUCAAGCGUUCUCGCUACUACACCCCGAACCCUGAGGAAGCCUGCCUCUUCAUCCUCAGCAUCGACACGCUGGACCGUGACCAUCUCUCGGGUCAAUACGUCCGUAACGUCGAUGAGAAAAUCCGCAGCUUCCCGCUCUGGAACGGCGGCCGUAACCACCUCAUCUUCAACCUCUACUCGGGCACCUGGCCCAGUUACACCGAGGACCUGGGCUUUGACAUCGGUCAGGCCAUCCUGGCCAAAGCCAGCUUCUACACCAAGAGCUUCAGGCCCGGCUUCGACAUCUCCAUCCCUCUCUUCUCCAAGGACCACCCGCAGCGCGGCGGGGAGAGGGGGUGGUUGUAUCAGGACUCGAUCCCCCCGAAAAAGAAAUACUUGUUGGUGUUCAAGGGGAAGCGGUACCUGACCGGCAUCGGCUCCGGCACCAGGAAUGCGCUGCACCACAUCCACAACGGGAAGGACAUCGUCUCGCUCACCACCUGCAAGCACGGCAAGGACUGGGAGAAGCACAAGGACGUGCGCUGUGACAAGGAUAACGUCGACUACGAAAAGUUCGACUACCAGGAGCUGCUGCACAACUCCACCUUCUGCAUCGUGCCCCGGGGCAGGCGCUUGGGCUCCUUCCGCUUCCUGGAGGCGCUGCAGGCCGCCUGCAUCCCGGUGCUGCUGAGUGAUGGCUGGGAGCUGCCCUUCGCCGAGGCCAUCGACUGGGGCAAAGCCGCUGUCGUGGGCAAUGAGAGGCUGCUGCUGCAGAUCCCCUCCGCCGUCCGCUGCAUCCACCCCGAGCGCGUGCUGGCUUUCCAGCAGCAGACCCAGUUCCUCUGGGACGCGUACUUCUCCUCCGUCGACAAGAUCGUGCACACCACGCUGGAGAUCAUCAAGGACCGGCUGCUCCCACAUCGCUCUCGCUCCCGCUUCCUCUGGAACACGCUGCCCGGGGGGCUCCUGGCCCUGCCUGACUUCUCCACCCACCUCGGGGACUUUCCCUUCUACUACCUGCAGCAUGGCUCCGGCCCCUCCGAGAAGUUCACGGCUUUCAUCCGGGCCGUCUCGCUGGCCUGCUCCCUCUCCCAGCCCAUCCUCAGGCUCAUCCAGGCCGUCUCCGGAUCCCAGUACUGCGCCCAGAUCCUGGUGCUCUGGAGCUGCGAGAAGCCGCCGCCGCCAAGUGGGAAAUGGCCCCAGACCUCUGUGCCUCUGACCAUCAUCCAGGGCAGGAGGAAGCUCAGCGACCGCUUCUUCCCCUACACGGCCAUCCAGACGGACGCCGUGCUGAGCCUGGACGAGCACACCAGCCUCUCGACCAGCGAGGUGGACUUUGCCUUCGUGGUGUGGCGCAGCUUCCCCGAGCGCAUCGUGGGCUUCCCCACGCGGAGCCACUUCUGGGACGCCGAGCAGAGGCGCUGGGGCUACACCUCCAAGUGGACCAACGAGCUCUCCAUCGUCCUCACCGCCGCCGCCUUCUACCACAGCCGUGGGUCCGUCCUUGCUGCCUUCGCUCCUAGCAGACACCCGAGAUAA